AUCCCAAUGUGCUUUCAAGUCCUCGUGGUCAUGUAGUGAUUCGCCUCAGUCCGGGUGGCGGAGGACGAAUCCCAGUUGCCUCCGUGUCUGAGACAUCAACCUGCGCAUCUUAUCACAUGGCUUGUUGAGCGCCCCACUGAGAACAAACCACAUUAUAGUGAUCACGAGGAAGUUACCCCAUGUGACUCUACCUUCCCUAGCAACCAGGCCAAUUUGGUUGCUUAGGAGACCUGGCUGGAGUCACUCAGCACACCUGGGAUUCUGGGCUAUCUGGGAUAGCGAACUCCAGGGGUGUUAGCCAGCGUCUUUACCACUGAGCUACCCAGGCCCCUACACUCAUAGUAAGUCUUGUAUUUUUCAUGAAAAUGGAAUACACAAGCUUGGAGACGUAGGAACAUUUUUGAUAUUUGUUGGUUUAAAAUGCUGUAAAAUGUUUCAAAUUUUUAAAAAAACAUAUGAACUUUAAUAUUUAAAGUUUAAAUGGUGUUAUUUACAUCAAAGAAAUGCUUUAAAAUUGAUAUUGUUCAACAUUUUAAGGCAAUAACAUCUCUGAUUAUCUCUGAUUCUACAUGGGAUAAAUACAAUGCUUGGUAGAUUACAUCUGAAUUGUAAUCUGGUAAUGAUUACACACUGCAUGCUUAAAAUUGUAGUAAAUAAUUUAAUAUCUUGGAUUAAAUUUGUUGGGUAAUCUAAUUUUUGGAUUACUUCAGACAUAAUUCUUGUUUAUUUUAUGUCACAUGCAUUUGAGUAGGAUAAACUGGUACCAUUUUGACAUAAGGUUGCUUAAAUGCAUUAAAGAAAACAUUCUUAAUGGAUAACUAUAUGAUAAUUUAUAUGAUUUGUCUGUCUGUCUCUCUCUCUGUGUGUGUGUGUGUGUGUGUGUGUGUGUGUGUGUGUUGUGUGUCUGUGAGUUUUACUCGCCAUUUGUCUGUUUAAAUGUGUGGUCCAUGGUAUCAGUAGGUGGCGAUAAUGAGCUAUAUUAGUUUGCGAUUCCCCGCGCUGAAUAAGAAUGAACGUCCUUUACAGUGAUUUCACAAGUUUACUUCCGACCUCGAACGUUGUUCCAGUGUUUAUUUUCAAGUAGAAAGCGGGAGAAUUGCGAGUUGUCUGUAAAUCAGCAAAACUCCAGGAAACAAGUGAAAUCUGUGUGACACUGUUGUAAAGAUGUUUAUUAAAGAGGAGAGUGAAGAUAUGGGUUAUCCAGAAGCAUGCAGAAUUAAAACAGAACACACUGAGGAACAAACAGGUCAGCUGACAAACUUUCUUGAGGAGUUGGAUGUCCUGCUAUCCUCCUUGCCGGAGGACGGUAGGCCACUUGUGGUUCUUGGUGAUUUCAACAUACACCAAGACAAGCCCCAGGCCACUGAAUUGAAUAAUCUCCUGGCCUCAUUUGACUUGGAAAAACUACACACCACAGCAACUCACAGAUCGGGCAACCAGCUGGACCUCAUCUUUACACGUAACUGUACCAACUCAAAUAUUCUUGUUACUCCUUUACAUGUCUCAACAUUCAACAUGACCCUCCCAUCUACAUUAAAACAGACUCCACCUUUGGUUUCCUUUCGCCGUAACCUCCGUUCCCUUUCACCCUCUCGCCUUUCCACUAUUGUCUCUACCUCUCUUCCUACACAAAAUGUAUUUACCAUGCUUGAUGUAAACACUGCCACAGACACACUAAGCUCUACUUUAACAACCUGUCUAGACAACAUCUGUCCUAUCUCUUCUAGGCCAGCACGUGCUACACCACCCAGCCCCUGGCAGUCUGACGUCCUUCGUGAACAUCGGACUGACCUCAGGGCAGCUGAGAGGAGAUGGCGGAAAUCUAAAGAUCCAGCAGAUCUAGGCACUUUUCCCACUACAUUUAAGCAGGCUCGAGUAACCCCGCUGCUGAAGAAACCCGCACUUAAUCCCACACAAAUAGAACGACACCACAGUGACUGCUCGAAUUUCUGCCUGCCUGGUGGACAUCUCGGCCUGGAUGAAGGAGCACCACCUGCAACUCAACCCAGCCAAGACUGAACUCGUCUUUCCAGCCAACCCUGCUGUUGAACACAACAUCACCGUGCAGCUGGGUGCAACUACAGUAACGCCUUCCAAAUCAGACCACAUCUCAAAGACCGCAAGAUCAUGUAGAUUUACACUCUACAAUAUAAGGAAGACCCUUCCUCUCUGAACAUGCCACACAACUGCUUGUCCAGUCACUUGUCAUAACUAGACUGGACUACUGUAAUGCUCUCAUUGCAGGCCUCCCUGCAUGUGCAAUUAGACCCCUGCAAAUGAUCCAGAAUGCAGCAGCACGUCUGGUCUUUAAUAAACCAAAGAGAGCACGUUACACCACUUCUUGUCUCUCUCCGCUGGCUGCCGGUUGAUGCACGUAUCAAAUUCAAGGCUCUGAUGAUGGCAUACAGAACAGUCACUGGGUCUGCUCCAGCAUACGCGCCCACAAGAAGCCUGCGGUCGGCUAAGGAACGUCACCUUGUUGUACCUACACAAAGAGGCACCAAAACACUUCCCCGGACUUUCAGCUUCAUCGUACCACGUUGCUGGAAUGACCUUCCCAACUCCAUCCGUGAAGCUGACACUCUCUGUCUUCAAAAAACGAUUAAAAACACAUCUUUUCCAUGAGCACUUAACCAGUCAUUAAAAAAAUAAAUUUAAAAAAAAAUUUAAAAAAUAUUCCUGUUGCACUUUAUUCUGUUUUGAAUACUAUUAUGAUGCUAGUGAAACUUUGUAAUACAGCACUUUUCAUACCACUGUCUCCUUAAGAUGAUUCGCUGAUGUUUUCCUCUUUGUAAGUCGCUUUGGAUAAAAGCGUCUGCCAAAUGAAUAAAUGUAAAUGUAUAUAUAUAUACUGUAUAUAUACACUCACCGGCCACUUUAUUAGGUACACCUGUACAUCUCCUUAUUCAUGCGAUUAUCUAAUCAGCCAACUGUGUGGCAGCAGUGUAAUGUAUACAAUCAUGCAGAUAUGGGUCAGGAGCUUCAGUUAAUGUUCACAUCAACCAUCAGAAUGAAGACAAAAAUUGAUCUCAGUGAUUUAGACCGUGGCAUGCUUGUCUUGGUGCCAGACAGUCUGGUUUGAGUAUUUCUUUAACUGCUGAUCUCCUACGAUUUUCACACGCAACAGUGGUUCCCUACCCUGUUCCUGGAGGCCCCCAACACUACAUAUUUUGGUUAUCUCCCUAAUCAAACACACCCGAUUCAACUCAUUAGCUCAUUAAUAGAGACUCCACAACCUGAAUUGGGUGUGUCAGAUAAGGAAGAUUUACAAAAUGUGCAGUGUUGGGUGGCCUCCAGGAACAGGGUUGGGAACCAUUGGUAUAGAGAAUUGUGCGAAAAACCAAAAAACAACCAGUGAGUGGCAGUUCUGUGGACGAAAACGCCUUGUUGAUGAGAGAGGUCAACGGAGAAUGGCCAGACUGGUUCGUCUUGGUGGAAGUGGGUUGGCAAAAUCGCACGCACAAAGUGCAAGUGAUAAAUGAUGUCAGCACAUUCAUAAGACACUGGUAGCUAGGGUAAAUGGGCUGUAUGCCUAGACACUGAUUUACAGUGGCAAGAAAAAGUUAAUUACCUGCAUUUAUGUAUAAAUUUGUCUUAAAAUCUGGUUUUAUCUUCAUCUAAGUUAUAAUGAACAAUAAUGAACAAACACAAUCUUUCAAAGGAUUGUAUUGUUAUUGUACAUAUUGAAUACAGCAUUCAAACAUUCACAGUGUAGGUUGGAAAAAUAUGUGAACCCCUAUGCUAAUGACACCAACAAAAGCUAAUUAGAGUCAGGAGUUGGCAAACCUGGCAUCCAGUAAAUGAAACGAAAUCGGAGGUGUGGGUUAGAGCUAUUUAGAAUUAUAAAAAGUUUACUAUUCACAAGAAGCAUCUGCUGACGUGGACCAUGCCUUGCAAAAAAAGAGAUAUCAGAAGAUCAAGAAUUGUUGCUUUGCAUAAAGCUAGAAAGGGUUACAGAGUUAUCUCGAAGAGCUUAGAUAUUCAUCUGUCCAAAGUUAGACAAAUUGUCUAUAAAUGGAGACGAUUUAGUACUGUGGCUACUCUCCCUAGAAGUGGCCAUCCAUUCAAGAUGACUCAAAGAGCACACCGCAGAAUGCUCUGUUAAGUUAAAAAAAGAACCAUACAGUGACCGCUAAAGUCGAAGAAAUCAUUGGAACUGGUUAACAUCUCUGUUCAUGAGUCUAUUAUAUGGAAAACACUGCUGCUUUCCAACAAAACCAUUGCUGCAUGCCUGAAGUUCGCCAAGGACCACCUUGACAUGCCACAAAUCUACUGGGAAAAUGUUUUGUGGACUGAUAAAACUAAGGUUGAAUGGUUUGGGAAGAACACACAGCACUAUGUAUAAGGUCACCGCAUACUAACAUGAAA